AUGAACGUGUCACCGAUGCAUCCAGGGUUUCUCGAGAUCACCCUCAUCUCCGCCCAGGACCUCCACCCGGUCUCCAAACACAUGAAGACCUACGCCGUCGUCUGGCUCCAACACGACGAGAACAACAAGCAGGCCACGAACGUGGACCAGGCCGGCGGGACGAACCCAUCGUGGAACCACAGGUUCACGUUCCGGGCGAGCAAAAAGUUCCUUAAUUCGGAGGACGCCGCCAUCUCCAUCGAGGUCUGCGCCGCUGCAUGGAAGAAAGACGCCACGGUAGGAUCCGUGAACGUUCUCAUAAAAGACAUCCUCGAGCUGCCGUCGAAAGGGGCCGACGCCACCGGUACCGUUGCGCUUCCGUUACGCCGUCCGUCGGGGAAGUCGCAAGGGUUACUCAACGUGGAAGUUUCCCUCAAGUUAACGGUGGAAGAUCACAGCGGUAGCUUGGUGAACGGAAACUCGCUUUGCAACUCCGACGUCGGACCGUCCGCCUCCAUCGUGGCGGCGGCGAUCGCAAAAGGGUUGUAUACCCCGCCGGUCACUAACCCGUCGGAAGAAGCGGAACGAAUAAAAGAAUGGACCAAGAAAGAGAGGGAGAAAGAAGCGUUGGAGAGACUGCAGAAGGAAGCGCCGGCCAGGUCCUUCUCCGCUUCGUUCCAGAGCAGGAAAUCGAGCAGAUCGAGAUCCUCCAAGGGGAAGAAGAGUGAAGGUACCAAGUUGUUCGCGUGUUUGGGAUGCGAGAUUGCGAUUCUUGCGGCGGAGGUGGCGGUGGGGAUGAAGGUAGUAGGAGGAGGAAAAGUGGGAAGAAACGUGGAAAUAAAGUUUGUAAUUUAA